UAAGUCAUUUGAAACAUUGUCCUUGCUAGUUUUCUAAGUUUACUGCAAUCUCUACACAGGGAGCAAGAGAGAUUGCCAACAGGAAAGCAGGUAGAGAGCUUAGCUUAUUCUAACUUCAACAAUUGGUCCUUCAUUCACCUCAGUCUGACUGCACCCUGUGUUAAUGGUGGUUCUUGAAUAAUUGAACUCCCUAUUUCCCAGGAAGGCAGACAAUGCAGAAGGAAUUAAAUGCAAUGAAAAAUGAGGAUGUAUGUUUCAAUGUUGACAAAACACACACAUCACACUGCCUGCAGCCAAUGGACCCCGAUGUGAAGUCUCACAGAACUGCACCACUCAAUGAAGAAUUCAGGGCACAGCUUGCACAGUUCCAGUAUGGUCCUUCCCUAAGGGAUAUAGAAACCUUUCAUGGAUCCUUUGAAGGAGGUUCCCGGAAACGCAAAAGCAUGCCCACAAAAAUGCCUCACACUAUCCCCACAGGAGAUCCUACAUCACCAUCACACAGAUCUGAAAACAACAACGUAUGCUCCUCCAGUCUUUCAUUGAUGUACCAACAACCCACACAGCCCAAAUACAACUCCCAAAUGAUUGAUCUAUGUAACAUUGGCUUUCAGUUCUACAGAAAUCUGGAGCAUUUUGGAGCCAAGCCCAUUAAACAAGAACCAAUAAAGCCCAACAUGAUGUGGCCCAACACUCCUGCAUUUGUGCAGACUCCAUACUCUUAUUACCCAAAAGUCCACCCUGGCCUGAUGUUUCCUUUUAUUAUGCCCUCAAACUUCCAUUUCAGGAAUUCCUUCCAACUGAAAAGACCCCCGGAGCCAGGAUUCAGGAGGACUGAACCGAGGGAAAGUGGUGACAAUAAACAGAAGGUGGAAAGAGUAGAUGUCAACCUCCAGAUUGACGACAGCUAUUAUGUUGAUGUAGGGGGAGAACAAAAACGAUGGCAAUGCCCAAUGUGUGAAAAGUCCUACACUUCCAAGUACAACCUUGUCACCCACAUCUUGGGACAUAGUGGCAUCAAACCUCAUGCUUGCACUCGGUGUGGCAAGCUUUUCAAGCAGUUGAGUCACUUGCACACUCAUAUGUUGACACACCAGGGCACUCGACCACAUAAGUGCCAGGUCUGUCACAAGGCUUUCACCCAAACCAGUCACCUGAAGAGACAUAUGAUGCAACACAGUGACAUCAAGCCCUACAAUUGUAGGAUCUGUGGCAGAGGUUUUGCCUAUCCAAGUGAGCUGAAAGCCCACGAGUCCAAGCAUGAGAGUGGCCGAGAGAACAUUUGUGUGGAGUGUGGUCUUGACUUUCCAACCCUGGCCCAGCUGAAGAGACAUUUAACAACCCAUCGAGGUCCUAUACAAUACAAUUGCACAGAAUGUGAUAAAACUUUCCAGUACCCAAGCCAGCUGCAAAAUCACAUGAUGAAGCACAAAGACAUCCGUCCAUACAUCUGUACUGAAUGUGGCAUGGAGUUUGUGCAGCCCCACCAUCUCAAGCAACACUCUUUAACCCACAAGGGUGUGAAAGAGCACAAAUGUGGGAUCUGUGGCCGGGAGUUUACUCUGCUAGCCAACAUGAAGAGACAUGUGUUGAUCCACACCAAUAUCCGAGCCUACCAGUGUCACCUGUGCUUCAAAAGCUUUGUGCAGAAACAGACUCUGAAGGCACACAUGAUUGUUCACUCUGAUGUCAAGCCCUUUAAAUGCAAGCUGUGCGGAAAGGAAUUUAACAGAAUGCACAAUUUAAUGGGACACAUGCACUUGCAUUCAGACAGCAAACCAUUCAAGUGUCUCUACUGUCCCAGUAAAUUCACCUUGAAGGGAAACCUCACCAGACACAUGAAGGUCAAACACGGGGUCAUGGAAAGAGGAUUUCAUUCUCAAGGUUUUGGAAGAGGAAGAAUUACACUGUCCCAGACAGGUGUCUUGAGAAACUUGGAACAGGAAGAGCCUUUUGACCUUUCUCAGAAAAGCCAAGGGAAAGGAAUUUCAUUUCAUUCUGAUGGUGAGAGUGCCAAGGGAAGCUCAUGCCAGGAGGAAGAGGAAGACAACUGCUAUGAAGCAGAGCAGUACAGUCCUGUCAUGUACCAUCAUGAAAACAACAAGCUGUAUAUGCCCCCAGAUCUGUCUAGCAAACCAGACUACGUGAUGAAAGAUUUCAAAGAGUCCUACUGCGAUGAGAAGGAGGAAAUGUUGAGAGAAGGAGGACUGGAGAGGGGGAAAGGAAAUCAAGACAAAGAAGAGAACCAAGAGGAGAGAGGCUUUGUGAAUAACAAGGAAUGCCUGAGCUUUAGACCCUUUGAAAAGGCCAGACUCAGCCAUUCUCUCUCUGAUUACCUAUACUUCAAACACAGGAAGAACAGUUUAAAAGAAUUACUGGAAAGGAAAAUGGAAAAACAAGCAAUGCUUAUAGGCAUCUAAAUUGACAACUUUUAAGUUACACUUGGAAACUGAGAACUAGGCAGUACUGUUGUGGCUCUUAACAUGAAUUGUGAUUGCCAAAGAUUGGCAGCUUGUAAAAGUCUUUCAGGAUGAACAAGCAAAAUCAAUACAGAUAAUUUUAAGGUAAAAAAAUAUAAAAUGUUGUAUUUUCUGGUGUAAUUUGACUGCUUUGUUCUUCUGAUGUACAUCAACAUUUUCUUAUGUAUUCAUUUGAUAUAUAAGCAGACACUAGGGUUGGAACCGAGGUUUUAUUUCCUUUAUCUAGGACAGUGGUUCCCAAACUGGAGUCGUGAACCCCUAGGGAUUCACAAAAUGUUACAGGGGGUUCUCAGGAAAAAAUUCUCUAAUGGUGGACACAGCUGUCCCUAAGAACUCUGGGUGCCAUGAGGCCAGCAACCUGGAGUCCCUGGACUUCCAAAAGCUAAGCAGAUCAAAGCAAGCAUAUCACACUCAGGUGUAGGGUGACCAGAUAUCGUGAUUUUAUAGGGACAGUCCUGAUUUUGGGGGCUUUUUCUUACAUAGGCACCUAUUACCCCCCACACCCUGUCCUGAUUUUUUAUACUUGCUGUCUGUUCACCCUACUGAGGAGAUUUAAACUUCAAGACUCCUUAUAAGAAAUGGAAAGGGAGAUGGAUAUUUUGCUAUUUUUAAAACUAAAUAGGCAGCUAGUAUUGUUUUUUAAAUUAUUAUGAUGAACAAGUUUAAGCUUUGUUGUAACUUGCGUUGUUUGCCUGGACUGCUCAAGACCUGAAUGCUUGUGUAGGAGGAACUCUUUGAGUUGGCUUCUUAAAUACUUUCAUGCUGGUUUCACAUGAUACUCCUCGAUGAAACAUAUAAGACAAAGCUCCUAACAGGCUUAACCAAAGUGAUACAAGCUAUGAAAGUGAGAUCUUGGAAGAGUGUUGCAGUUUUCAUAAUGUAAUAAAUAUAAUGUAAUGAUAAAUAAUAAUUAAUAGUGUGUAAUAAGCAUGUCAUAAAAACAAUUUUUAUAUUUCCAAGAUCACUGCUUUUAUAAUUUAUACUCAGGUAAAAGAGAAAAUCCCUGGCCAUAUUCAUUUUUAGAAGGGGGUUCGUGAGACUUGACAGUUUAGUGAAAGGGGUUCACAGGUUGUUAAGGUUUGGGAACCACUGAUCUAGGACAAUACCAACUUAUACACAAUUUUCUAGUUAUCAAAAAGCAGUGUAUUGUAGUGUUUGAGGUAUUAGCUGACCAAAGAAUAAAUAAGAACACUUAUUUCUGCAGGUUUUAGGAGCUCAAAAUAUGCUAAGUAUUUUACAGCAUAUGCAAAAGUAUAGUUAAAUAUGCAUGAUGAAAAUACUAUCUGUCAUUGAUCUCAGAACUAACACAACCAAGAGGUUCUGAGUUAUUGGAAAUGAUUGCUUUAAUGCAUCUGUUUACAGUGGGAAAUGGGAAACAAAAUAAGAUGAAACUCUAAUGUCUUGUCAGAUGGGCAACAACUUUAUAAUUCACACUCUUGUGAAAGGACUAGAAUUGGUUUAGAGGUAGGGUGACCAGUUAUCCUGAUUUUAUAGGAGCGGUCCCAAUUUUUGAUCUUUUUCUUAUAUAGGCUCCUAUUACCUCUCAUCCCGUCCCAAUUUUCACACUUGCUGUCUGGUCACCCUAUUUAGAGGCAUUUUUCUGUGACAUAGGGUAUAGUAAUGCUUUGCUGCAUCUCAAUCAGCAUGGGAGCAUUUAACAAUUCUUGAAAUUAAAUAGCAUGGACUGAGCGGACAUUUUAUUUUAUUGUUUGUUCAGGCCAGUACAUAUGAGGAGCAGCAGCACAUUGUAUUUGCAAGUUUUGCUAUAAUUGCAUGUAAGCAAUAGGAAUGAGAGAGAAUUAAUUUAGUUGACCGCAAUGGUAAAUUUUUCCCAUUCAUCUCUCACCUUGAUUUUGGAGAGCUGUGCUAAUUUGAAAUCCAAUAUCUGAACUGCUUUUGUUUAAAAGAAACAUCAAAACAAAAUACCCAUCACCCUGCCCAAAAACACCCCACCAAAACACUGGGGUCUUGUUGUACUUCAAAUCUCCCUUGAUUUGACACAUAAACUUUCUCCCAUUAAUAUAACUGACCAAUAGGAUCCAACCCUUUCAAGUGAUUAAUAGAAAAUAGAGUGCUACUCAGGCUAUUCUUAAUACCUCAGUCCCAAAGUUUCAUCCUUGCACUCAAGCCUUAUUAUAUUGUAUCAGGACCCAGACAGGGAGCACAUUAUUUUGAAGCAGUAUUAGUAGGUAUUCAUUUAGUAUAUGUGGAGUACUUUGACAGAGCACCCUAGGUCCUUUUUUCUGGCCACUAGUAAAAGCAUUUCUCAAAGCACAUUCCUUUAAAUGCAGAUUUUAUCUUUUCCAGUCAGUGCCCUGUAAUUUUGAGAGAUAUGGCAAAGAGCCCAAAGCCAUACUGUCACUUUAAAAGGAAAUGAUAAUGUUCUAAUACAUUUUUAAUUAACUGUGUCCUUUUGAGUUUCAAAAUCAAUAAUCUAAUGUUUAGAUUUACAUAUGGAUACAUAUAUUUUGAAAAGUAUAUGAAAAUGAUUUUCCCUUAUCUACCUGUCAAGCCCUCAAUUUAGGAUUGUGUUUUACUCCUGCAAUAUCUGAUGCCUACAGCACAUGAAUUUGUUACAAGAGACACAACUAUUAUAGAAAAUAUGUUCUUGGGUUAUUAGGAACACAUGCUGAUUGCGUCUGCUUCAAAAUCUCAGUCUUCUACUACUAAAGGAAACCCUCUUGGCUCACGGAAGUAGUUCUCACAUCUUUUCUGUUGGCCACCCACUACAGGAAAAUACCACUCAUUUAUGGUGUAGCAUGCUGGGUUUGUGCAGUUUGACUCCAAAGGAAAAGAUAUGCUGUCAUUUCUGUCCACCUCCCAAGGCCCAUAUGUGGGCACAAUAUAUAACAAAGAUUCUGAAUAAGGAGCACAAAAAUAUUACUCCUCCAGGAAACUUAAGGAUGGCGGAUCCAUUUCUAUAGUGUAAUUAACUCUUUCUGAUGUGAAUAAUUUUAACAAUAAAAGCCAGGGUACACCAAAUUUGUGUGGAAUGCAGGUAACUUUGGGACUAAAAUGAAUGAUGCCACCCAAAAUGAGGUACAUUUGAAAGAACAUAAGAAUGGCCAUAUUGGGUCAGACCAAAGGUCUAUCUAGCCCAGUAUCCUGUCUUCCGACAGUGGCCAAUGCCAGGUGCCCCAGAAGGAAUGAACAGAACAGGUAAUCAUCAAGUGAUCCAUCCCGUCUCCCAUUCCCAGCUUCUGGCAAACAGAGGCUAAGGACACCAUCCCUGCCCAUCCUGGCUAAUAGUCAUUGAUGGACCAUGAACUUAUAUAGUUCUUUUUUGAACCCUGUUAUAGUCUUGGCCUUCACAACAUCCUCUGGCAAAGAGUUCCACAGGAUGACUGUGCAGGUAUGACCUGCAGACAUUCAGUGAUGGGUCCAUGCCGUUUUAUCAUAUGCAUAAGUUGUACAUUCUUUCAUUAUGAGACUGUCCAUUCUAGUCAUUACAUUAAAAAGGGGACCUUAGGUUUAGGUGUCUAUCCUGACAGCAGCGUGGUUGCAGAGGUAGCAUGGCCUAGUGCAUAAAAUAAUGGGCUUGCAUCAUCAGACUGCAGUUCUGUUCCUGGCUUUACCACCAGACUGCUGGGUCACACUGAGCAAGAACUACAGAUGAAGAAUGCUACUUAAAAGCUAGGUAUUAUUAUUAUGUGAUAAGAGACAAAAGGUCACAUGAAGUGCACCAGUCAAAAGAUACAAGACAGCAACUACUCACCCAAACACAAUCUUAUGCAAUAUGGGCCAGUUUUUUUUUAUAGCUCACUACUCACAGUCAGCCAGAUUUUCAAGAGAACUCACUUCCCACGUAGGCCCCAAAGUAAGUUACCAGAUUUUCAAGAGUGCCCAGAGUGCUGGUGAGUGUUUUUAAACAUCUAGCCCUGAUUGGAGAAUGCUGAAAUCUGGCCCUGAGCUCUUCUGAAAAUUUGGCUACAAAGGUGUGGAUGCUGAAUUAGUGACAUAACCACUAAAAUGUUGGCUGUGGAAGAGGUUGCAACAAAAUUACAUAGUCUUAGACCCCACCAAAUGCAAUUGCCAAAUGGGCCCUUUGUAAAAUAAGUCACUGCAACUACAUCAACUUGCCUGGCUGAGUAGCCCAAAGCUUCCAACAACACCUUCAUUGUCACCAGCUUUCCCCCUUCCUGCUCAUAUAAUCCCAUUUCCCCUCAGAACAACAAUGAGAUGCAAUCCUGGCAUUAUCAUUUGGGAACCAGCAGUAUGGUAUGAAACCUGAUGUAAACCCCUCUUCUCACAGCUGUCCCACAAAGCAAAGACCACCACAGUUUUCUUUCCAUGAGGUUUGCAGGCAGUCCCAGUCUACUCAUUCCCUCAGCCAUCAACCAUCCCAUGCUAAAGCAUCCAUGAAUCAGAGAAUAUAUAACAGAGGAAUUGCAAACAAAACCAUUACUGAGAUAAUGAUAAGGGUAUGGCACAAAGUGACACAAGCAAAGAGAUGCAGAAAGAAUAGUCCAUCUGUAGAUGCCUCCAUUUUGCAGGAUAUAGUGUAGUUGGAGCUGUGAAAUCUGCCAUACAUGGGUCCAAAGGAACAAAUUAAGGAGAGUCUCCAUUGUGAAAUACCUUGCUUUUCUUUUAAUUGAUCUUCACAUUAUUUACAUUGCCAUUUUUGAAGGAUGGAUAUUAAGAGUUUUUAAUAGUUUUAAAAUUUCUUGUAGAAAUAAAAAUUGCACUGACAAGGAAGGUCUUUUCCAGAUCUAAUUUCUAUGUGCUCAACUUUGCUCAUCUGCUCUGCCUACAGGCAUGGAACUGCUCUAGAUUUAGAUUAUAAAGGAGACCUACAGUGCAAGGUGGCACACAAAGCUUCACUUUAUUCAUUUUCUAAAACCUGGACCUUUAUAAUUAUAUGAUAUUUUAAAUACACUUUAGAUGAUGCCUUGAUGUGGCCUCUACCUGAUUCUCCCACAUUGCCUCAGUGGCCACUUUGGCACAGCAGGUCAAAUUAAAGCUCAGUCACCAUGAAAGCUAUAGAUCCAAUUAAGUCAUACUUGUUUCCUUGGUCAUUGUGGGAAUCCGAUUCCACCCUUCAGAACUGAUUAAUAGUGAGUUCAAAGUGUCUACACAUUUACUUGACUGAAAUUCUUUGCAGAGCACUUGCUCAAGGAGCUCCAUUGAAGCCUACUGAAGAACAGUAGAUUGGCAACAUCAUCGGGAGUGUGGGCAGGAGAGGGGUCAGGACAUAUAUAGGUUAUAAGUAGGUAGUUUUACUAUCAGGACAGCACUGGGAUGUUUGAGUUCUGCAAGGUACUGUACAGAGCAGAUUAAGCAAGCAACAAAUUCAGGUGUCAAACUAAACUCAGGACGAAGAGCUAUGGCACAUCCACUGAGAAAUUUGGUUAUUGAUAACGUGCUGCUGCCUGGGCAAGCAUUGAACUUUGUCAUGAAGAAUUUGGUAAAAUCUUUUAUGGCCUCAAUUUUGCAGGCUGCUGAGCAUCUCCUAGAAGGGUUUUACCAUGCACUUCCUGGCUUUUAUAGCAUGUUAGCUAUAGCUUGUUUAUCAGACAGGCCAAGUGGUCUUCUGAUGCUGCCAUUGCAUUCCUCUUUUUAGAGCUCUGUGCUGGUUGUGUAGCCAAUUUUCUAAUCUCAUAAUUCAUCUGGUGCUGCUGGACUCAGGUGCAGCUGGUGUAUAAUUAAGAAGUGUAAUGUAAGUACUGUAUUUAUUGUGCCAAAAAAGUAUUUAAUAAAGUAUUAACAUUUUUUUGGUAGUAAGUUGUGUCUGCUUAGCUGAACAAGAUGUAACAGAGCUAACAUUUUGUAUUCAGCAGAUUUGGAAAAAAUAUUGCAGUAGAUGUUUAUUUCAUACAGAAUGCUGGUUUGCUAUUUAAAAACAAAAACUCAAAAGAAUGAAUCAAUUUAAGUUGCGAAUGUUCAGCUUGCGGCAUUAUAUCUCGAUAGCAAAAGCAGUUCACCUGAAAAUAACAUGUAAAAUGUAUUUUGUUAAUUUAAGCAAAUAAAGAUAUAUGGAAGAUGCUGCUGUAGUUCUUGUUAAACCAUUGAAACCCAUC